AUGCACCAGAGAGCCUUGGAAGAGGAAGAAGAGGAGGAAUGCUUCUUCCAAGAUGUAGAUCUCCUUCAGAAUCACGGAAUCAAUGUGGCCGAUUUAAAGAAGCUGAAGGCGGCGGGGAUCUGUACGGUGAAGGGGGUGCAGAUGACGACGAAGCGGAAGCUGGUUGGCAUCAGAGGCCUGAGCGAGGCCAAAGUAGAGAAAAUUAAAGAGGCUGUGUCGAAAAUCUCCUCUGAUGGCUUUAUCACUGCCUUGGAUGUAGCCGAAAAGAGGCGUCAAGUCUUUCGCAUUUCAACUGGCAGCCAGGAACUGGACAAACUAUUGGGAGGGGGCCUGGAGAGCAUGGCAAUUACAGAGGCAUUCGGAGAAUUUCGAACCGGCAAGACACAGCUGGCUCAUACAUUCUGUGUCACAGCCCAAAUUCCAAGGCCCAAUGGAUACCCAGGUGGCAAGGUCAUCUUCAUCGACACUGAAAACACCUUUCGCCCGGAUCGGCUGCGUGCGAUAGCAGAUCGUUUCAACUUGGAUCAGAAUGCCGUCUUGGAGAACGUCCUUUAUGCCAGGGCUUACACGUCCGAACAUCAAUUCCAACUCCUGGAUUUCGUCGCUGCCAAGUUUCACGAGGAGGCCGGGAUCUUCAAACUCCUUGUAGUGGACAGCGUGAUGGCGCUCUUCCGAGUGGAUUUCAGCGGGAGGGGAGAAUUGGCAGAUCGGCAACAACGCCUGGCUCAACUCUUGUCCCGGUUGCAGAAGAUCUCCGAGGAAUACAACGUGGCCGUGUUCAUGACGAACCAGAUGACUGCCGACCCCGGCGCCGUACUCACUUUCCAGGUCGUCUAG